AUAUUUGAAUAUUACUCUUGGUGUCUAUAAUAAAUCUACAAAUAUCUGUAGGACAUCGGGGAUAAAUUGUGAUGGAGCUACUCUUGAUGUUAUUUUCAAUUCUAACACCAAUGUGCAUGAACCUAGCAAACACAGAACUUGCAGAAUACGGACCAGUUAACGAAAUACACAUUUGUAAAAUCGACCACAUCCAAACAACCGAUUGCAACACUAUUGAACUAGACUUCUUCAACAACGAGUUUUGCUGCAGGAAAUGCCCUGACGGGCAACAGAACUCAAAUCCAGAAAAGAGUAAUAGUUGCUCUGACAUUCCAGAACAACCAAUGACCGAGUUAGAAACCACAAUUGUCAAACCCUCUACUACAACUAGUCAAACAGAAACACCAACGAUAGCUAGGACAACAGCCCCGUAUCUACCAGAUGAUCAAACAACUCCAUCUCCAGAAGAAACCACCACAGAACAAGCUGUCAUUGCAAGAGAUGAAAUUGAUCCACCACCGGUCACAAAUGAAAAGCUGCCUGGCUCAACCAUUGCAUGGAUCGUUGUCGGUGUAAUUAUUGGUGGAAUACUACUAGCAGUCCUUGCUGUGCAUUUGUAUCGCCGAAACAAUCGUCUGAAAUGAAGAAAAUCCCUUGUCUUUUAAAGUCUUCUCGUUCAUUUUAGAACAUUUACCGAACAAUUUAAGUUAUUAUAUGUAUGUAUUAUUUAUAAAACUAGUCCUGUAUGAACUUGAGCUGUGGAUUUAUUGCAUUCACGUAUCACGUAUUUAUUGCUUCACGAGUAUUGCUUAAAGAUACAAUUUUUUUGUUGUUGUUUUUUUUUCUUCAAAAAGCUGCAAAAUCAUAUUUGACAUCCGGACAAUGGCCCAAUACUAAUAAACAAAUACCACCAUUGUUAAAUUUGAAUUUUAAUUGUUGAAUAAAAACAAAGAUAUGCCCGUCAAUGACCUUUUCAUUCAGUCUCUCUCCCAGUUAGUUUUUUGAAUUACUGGUUUUAAAUUAUUUCAUUUUUAGUUUUCUUUGGACUUAUCUUAUAAUGGUACUGAGCAAAAUAUUGUAUAACAGUGGUUAUUUAUGAGAGUGUCUAAGUUAUGGGUUCUCAACCUUUAUUCUAAUGUUUAUCCUUAAAUAUAUUUCACUCCCAAACUGCCUAGAAUGUCUAUUCCCAUAUUAACUGUGGAUGAAAAAUGCAAGAGUUAUGUGGUCGUGCACUAUCUGGCUUGUAGAAUUUCCCCAAAUGAAGAUCAAAUUUACCCAAGCCACCAACCCUCACCCCACCCCCACAAAGACCCCAAGAGCUAGAUUUUAUGACGGACUGAGAACCCCUGGUCCAAGGGGUUUAAUAUAGAUCAUUAGCUGCUAGAAUUUUUUUUUUUAUCAUGAAUAUUUCGCCCCAAUGUUUUCAUAAAUACUAAUUGAGCAAACUUGAAGCAAAAUUUGUUUAUAUCUGUAUAAUUUUGACAGGAAUUGUAAAAAUUUUUGCCAACAAUUUUUGCCGACACUGAUUGCCCCCCAAUUUAAUAUCAUUAUUGGUUAUGUAAUCUAUUAGGAUACAUAUGGAGUAAAAAUUUUUUGUUAAAAAUAUUUCAUUAUCAUGUAUGUAUAUUUACUUGCCUCAUAAUAUAACACCAUAAUGGAUAAAUUAUUCCAGAGACGAGAUUCAUGUACAAUACAUUUUUGGCUUCGCAAAUAUAACAUCAGUUUAG